AUGCUAACUGACCAUUACGCUCUUUCCUACAAAAGUCAAUUGCUCGAGAAUUAUGCUGCUUUAAAGAAGCGCGUGUGGAUUUUACCCGCCAAUACUCUCUCAGCUACCUACGUGAAGCGCGAGACGGUGAGGAUUUGGCGCGCUCACACUCAACCAGUCGACCAGGGAACGUACGGUGGGAGUUGGUGGCCAAGGAAUCGGUUCAGAGCAAUGUCUGCUAUGCCAUCAGUCACCGAUGCACCAUGUCACAGGAAAAGCUGGCAGGUGUGUGUAUGGGUUGUGAUGUCUCUGCUGCCACUUGUGGCAGGAGGCAGGUCAGGUUUCCGAGCAGAAUCCGAAACUGCAGUGGGACUACUUAGUGCUGGAAUGGAGGAGCCGCCUUUAGAGACUCUUCCAGACAUUGAGGAGGAGAUAGAAGAGGGCAGUGACUCUCCAUGGCAUGAUCUGUUUGAACCAUCUGUGUUUGUUGAGGAGGACCAGCAGCCAGCACGAUGGGAACGUUCACCCCGCUCACCAGACACCACUGACAUACAGACCAAAGGAGCUCGCAAGAAAAAGAAGAAAAAAGAUAAGGAAGAAAAGAAAAAGAAAGACAAGAAUAGCAGGCGACGGCACAGCAGCCGGGAUUGCCGUGUGGAAAAACAGGAGAUGCGCGUUCGAGACCUGGGCAUGGGCUUUGACUCAGAUGAGAUCGUCCUCUUCAAGUUCUGUGUCGGUUCCUGCCAAAGGUCACGUGAAAACUACGACUUAGCUCUGCGCGUUCUGCUGGCAAAUGGCAGCCUGCCCAAGCGCACUGCCAGAAAGAUUAGCGCACACCCUUGCUGCCGCCCCACGAGUUAUGAACCAGUUUCCUUCAUGGAUGCUACCACAACCUGGAGAACCAUCAAGUCCCUCUCAGCCGCAGACUGUGAGUGCAUAGGAUGAGGCUGGAAGAGGGAGCAUGACCUAAAGAAAAGGUGCAACGGUCAAAGAAAGGAGGAAGCGGGAAGCCUCCUGGGCCAUGGCUACAAAACAAGGUCAGGCAGUGUUGGCCCUGUUUGAAAAGCUGUGAGGGAAUUUGGUUGGUCUUUGGGGGUUGUGGGUGAUUCAUAAGAACAGCCUAUGUAUACAAACUUUUAUCACACCAAACCUCAGCAGAAAGAAUUGGAUGCGAUUAGACCAAGUCAGAGAAGAGGAGAGACUCUGGAGCAACAUCACUGAGGAUGCAAGAACAGCUACUUUGUAUUGUCCAAUUGAGAUGCUCUAUAAACAGAAAACUAAAUGUAUAACUUGACGAGCGUUUGCUUACCAGGAGUUUCAUCGGACAUGGAUACAGCACGAAAUCCUGAUUGAUUCGUUAGACUCAUUUGUUGAUCCUGGAUGUCAGUGCCCUUUUUCCUGGCCUUCCAUCUGGCAUGUAAUAUUUCAGCCAGAAUAGCAAAGUUUGGAUCACUCAUUAUUAACAGCACAUUAUUGUUGUAAUUACAAUGUAAUUGCACAAUCAUAUGUGCAGUAUUAUUAAAAGUUUAGCCCAUAGAAAACACAUAGGCCAGUUAGUAUUACCCUUUUAGCUGGAAGCGCUGAAGGUUGAUUGUAUUUGCCACAGGUCUUUCAUUUCUCAGGAUUUUACCAGACUGAUAUAAACAGUUUUUCUGGUACAUUUUAAUGCUUAUUAAAACUUAUCCCGUUCCAUGAGGUCGGUUUUUAAGAUUAAAAUUGUAUAGUAAGUUGAUGACAUAUAUAUAAGUGAAAAUAGGUAAAUAUAUAACAAAAAACUAGUAUUUGAUGCUUUACUGUCUAGAGCCGGUUAUAGGACGAUGCAAUAUCUUUCCUUUGAAUUAAUUGAUGCUGGUGCAUCAAAUAUUAAUAUACAAAGUACAUAUAAUGUUAAAAAAUAUUAACAAAUACAUUAGGUAAGCAUUAUAUAUGUCUAAAUUAAAUUAAACUAUUCUUAGAAGUUUGAAGCAGUGAGAAGCUAGUUGGUUUUAGCAACAUACCAAACUAAAAGUCAAGCCCUGGUUCAUCUUGCUUGACAUUCUAAAAUUGUUCAUGUAUUACUUUAGUAAUAAAAAAUUUGCAAGUGAUAGAGGUUGCACCCUAGUUUUUCAUUUGUACAGGGUUUUCCCCAUUAUAAUUUUAUAAAUAUAGCAUAAUUUAAUCGGGUCCAACUGACAGUGCUUAUCCAGACCCAUUAGUGUUUUCUUUUUUCAACACAGAUGACGACCACAAUGCAUUUGUCAUUGUUUAUCUUAUUGUUACCAGAUGGAUGCCAUGCAUCCCUUAACACUUACUGUACACCUAACAGAUAUCAUAUUUAUUUUUUUCAUUUAAGUUAUUUAUUUAUUGCUAUGUCUACAGAUGUCUUUUGGAUGUUUAUAUUUAUUCUUGUUAGUACCUUGGCCUCUGUUCUGCAAUCCCUGUCAUCUCAUAAUGAACCAGCAUGAAUAACAACAAGGCUUUGAACAGGGUCAGCUGCAAAAUAUCACAGUUGGGGUAAAAAACUGAGAUAUUUAUUCCAAAUAUUUUGAUGGGAUGAGAAGGACUUGUAUAUAUCAUGUCAGAUCAUGACAAAUGCUUCAUUGGAUUCUUUUUUUUUUUUUUUUUUUUUUUUUUUUUGAGUCCUCCAAGAGUUAUAAAACUCUCAGUACACCUACAGGGAAGUCUCAGCUUCAAUUUAUGAAAAGGAAAUUAAAAUAGUUUUCUUCCAAAACUCUACGGAUGAGGGGGAGAUGGAUAUUGUUCUGACUAGGCCAUCUGUCUGCCCAACUUGCUGACCUUAAUAGCCUUGAUGUUGUAUUCAGUUUCAACAUUUGAA